GUAGAGCGUGAGGGGAACCGGCUCUGGCAAGCGUGCUUACAUACCGGCGGGAGCGCUCAGCCGAGGACAGCUAACUGGAUUCUCCAGCGGGCCCAAAUCCCGAGGCUGCAGCAGCUGGGGUUCCGAGCCCGGCCAGAUAGAGCCCGAGUUUCGGCCCCUGAGGGGAUAGCUCUCUGCCGACCAGUGGGACCCCGAAACUUGAACCCAGUACCCACUCCCCCUUUUUAUGCCUUCCUUUGUCACUUUCCCACCUUGCUCCCAGAGCUUUCCUUUUUUUUUUUUUUUUUUUGGUCUUUAUUUAUCGAAGGACACAAAAGUGGCUUCCGCGGAAAGAUUUGGAGGCGGCGGGAGGUCUUCUCUUUGAAGAGCGACUGUGUAGAAGGGAUUUUUGGGAAGCCGCUUUUAACACCUUUGUCCUCCGCCCUCGGAGCGUCUUUGUACCUCCCGGAGGAGCAAAGCCCGUUGAUUGAAAGUUCGGGGGCAUUUUGUUGGGUGCUGUAGAGGAGAGAGGUAGAGGAUCUUCUCCUCGUCCUGAUAGUUGCUUGGACUUAUACCGGCUGUUGAAAACCCAGAAGUACAUUUCCGUGUGGGACUUUUACAAAUAUAUAUUUUUAAAUACCAGAUAAAAAAAUAUAUGCUUUCUAUAUAUUUCUUGACAACCUGCCGCUGACAGCGCGAUGUACAAUACGGUGUGGAGUAUGGACCGCGAUGACGCAGACUGGAGGGAGGUGAUGAUGCCCUACUCGACAGAACUGAUAUUUUAUAUUGAAAUGGAUCCUCCAGCUCUUCCACCAAAGCCGCCUAAACCAAUGACUUCAACUGUUACAAAUGGAAUGAAGGACAGUUCUGUUUCUCUUCAGGAUGCAGAAUGGUACUGGGGGGAUAUUUCAAGGGAGGAGGUAAAUGACAAAUUACGGGACAUGCCAGAUGGUACCUUUUUGGUCAGAGAUGCCUCAACAAAAAUGCAGGGAGAUUAUACUUUGACUUUGCGGAAGGGAGGCAAUAAUAAGUUAAUAAAGAUCUAUCAUCGAGAUGGUAAAUAUGGCUUUUCUGAUCCUCUGACAUUUAAUUCAGUGGUGGAGCUCAUUAACCACUAUCAUCAUGAAUCACUUGCUCAGUACAAUCCCAAACUUGAUGUGAAACUGAUGUACCCAGUGUCCAAAUACCAACAGGAUCAGUUGGUAAAAGAAGAUAACAUUGAUGCAGUAGGUAAAAAACUGCAGGAGUACCACUCUCAGUAUCAGGAGAAGAGUAAAGAGUAUGACAGGCUAUAUGAAGAAUACACCAGAACAUCCCAGGAAAUACAGAUGAAGCGGACUGCAAUUGAAGCCUUUAAUGAAACAAUUAAAAUAUUUGAAGAGCAGUGUCACACACAGGAACAAUAUCGCAAAGAAUACAUUGAGCGAUUUCGUAGAGAAGGGAAUGAAAAGGAAAUUGAACGAAUUAUGAUGAAUUAUGACAAAUUGAAAUCACGGCUGGGUGAGAUUCAUGAUAGCAAAAUGCGUCUAGAGCAGGAUUUGAAGAAACAAGCUUUGGACAACCGGGAAAUAGAUAAAAAAAUGAACAGUAUCAAACCUGACCUGAUCCAGCUGCGCAAGAUCCGUGAUCAACACCUCGUAUGGCUCAAUCAUAAAGGAGUGAGACAGAAGCGCCUGAAUGCCUGGCUGGGGAUCAAAAAUGAGGAUGCUGAUGAGACCUAUUUUAUCAAUGAGGAAGAUGAAAACCUGCCCCAUUAUGAUGAGAAAACCUGGUUUGUUGAGGAUAUCAAUCGAGUACAAGCAGAGGACUUGCUUUAUGGGAAACCUGAUGGUGCAUUCUUAAUUCGUGAGAGUAGCAAGAAAGGAUGUUAUGCUUGCUCUGUGGUUGCCGAUGGGGAAGUGAAGCACUGUGUGAUCUACAGCACGGCCCGGGGCUAUGGCUUUGCAGAGCCCUACAAUCUGUACAGCUCACUGAAGGAGCUGGUGCUGCAUUACCAGCAGACGUCCCUCGUCCAGCACAACGACUCCCUCAAUGUCAGGCUGGCCUACCCUGUCCAUGCACAGAUGCCCUCGUUCUGCAGAUAAAGAGGGAGUGGGAAGAGAGGUGACUCUCUAGCAUUUUUUUCUACAGUUUUUAUUAGACUAUGAGGGCAUUCUUUCUACGUAGACUGCUUGUUUUGCACAAGAAGUGAUUCUGUGAAUGUGAAGUGGAGAGGCCAAGCAGCAGCCGGCCAGGACGGAGGCAUGAGGGGCCUGAGGUUCUCUGGGACUCCCUGUGCCGCUGCACUGGUGUAGGAAGCUGGAAGCAGAUGUUGUUUUUUGGGAAGUCUGUUUCAUUGGGGUUUUUGUUUUGUUUAGCCAGGCACCCUCAACAGAACACAUUAGGCUUGGGUUGGGGGCGGGGGGUGUUGUAUCUGGAAACUUUUGAAGAGUCCAUGCCUUCAACUCUGAGAAUGUGGCAGGGGCAUGGCUCUGUGGGGAGUUCUCUUUUGAUCUGGCAGUCACUUUUAACUUCCUCCCAAAGAGAAGGUGGUUUUGUGGUAGAAUGGCAUUUGGUGAAAAAGACAACCAAAGGAAAACCGGGAGGCUUGGGAUUUCAUCUAUGGACUCUCAGUCAAGGGGGUAAAAAACCUUCAACUGAAGGUACUGUAUUUCUUAACCAACGUAACAGGCAUCGGCAUCUCAUAGCUCCUCCCCCUAAAGAAGCAUUGUUUAGAAAUCAAAUUGAUCCCAGCAAAACAAUGUUUGUUACAGGUCUAAAGUCUGAUGGAAGAAGGCAGUGCUUGUGUCUGAAUGCACACUUCUGUACCAAAACUUGAAAGUAAAAGGAAAACUAGAAUUUCUUAGUUUUAGCAAACACUAAAAUUAAAAUUGGUCAGUGUAACUCCUCUGCCCUGCCCUUGUUUCUCAGAGAUGAGAAAUAGUGUUCUUUUGUGGGCAUGGUAAGCUUUGAAUCAUAAAAUGAAGUUGGUGCUUGUGUGGUGUUUCUUUAGCCUAAAGAAUGGUCUGUUGUUUGAAACCUUUGUAACUUGUUUGUAUGAGUAAAGAAAAGGUGCAAUCCAGUGCUUUUAGAUGGCUUGAUAUACCAAAUAAUGAUAUAGGACAACGUUCUUACAUGUGCUUCCCCAGUGGACAUGGUUUAAUUACUCAUCUCCUGGGAAGGGCUUAGGGGAGUGUCAUACAUAGGUUGCUAAGGCUGUGGUAGGAAGGAAGCCAGAUUGUGGUCAGGGACCUCAGUAAAUCACAGACCUAGAUGCUCUGGUGUCCAGGGCAGGGGUCAUACCACAUUACCCAUACGCUUCCAUACAGUGGUUUCUGAAACUUUUGUAAGGAGAGGAAAGGAUGGUUUGGAGUUUAGACUGUUAGUAGAAACCAUCUGGAAGCUUUUUCUCUUUGCCUUUUUUGUGAUCCUGCCAUUAAGAUGAUGUGCACAGACUGUCCUGAUUUUAGGCCAGGAUCUUCUGCUCCAUGUGGUUUAAGCCUUCCAGCUGAGUGAAGCUAGACGGAUGGAGUUAGAGGUAGGCAUAUCCUACUUCCAUUAUGCCCCAUCCCCAUCAGUCAACAUUCAUUUGACAAAUAGAGUUCAGCUGCUUCUGAGCCAAUUCUGGAACCAUAAUAGGCUCAAAGUGAGUCAGCUGUUUGAACCCCAAGCUGUGCAGUCAGGCGUCCUGGUUGAGCUAAACAUGAAGCCAAUAUCUAGGUCUUGAUACAUAAAGCUUAGGAGAGCUCUAGUUUGGGGGAUAAAGAAACAAAUACUGUUUUUCCUGAGCACUUACCUUGGUGACAGGGCCUAGAAUGGACCAUGGCAUAGAAAUUAGAGAGAUAAAAAGUUUUGGAAAAACCUUCAGAGUUACUAACAAUGAGGAUGGGAAGGAAAGAUCACAUCUUUGGCUCUUGCUUGGUUAUGUUGCAGUUUCAGGAUUGUGUGAGGCAGACAAAUGACCACCCCAACCCCCAUUUCCCUUCAGUGUCACUGUUCUGACUUAAACCCUUAACUGAUAGUCAGCGAGCUGCACAUUCAUUCCCCAAAUUUCCAGAGUGAAAUCUUGCUGGAAGUUUUACUGAAUGUCAGGCUAGUUGCUGCUGGGCACACCUGAAUAGCCUGAAUAGCCUUGUUGUUGAACUUGCUUAAUGCAGUUAGAUGCUCAAGAUUGGGUGCAAGGAAUCCCUCCUUUCUGGUACUAAAAUUUAGUGCUUUGAAUGUCUUAAAUGAAAAUGGGAAUAAGGACACAACGUUGAACUGUGUGUUGCUCCUUGUCAGGUAGACAUUAAGGGUGUGCUGGGAGAGAGCACCAUCCAUUAACUACACUUGGGCUGGCUUGUGGAGAAGGGCUGCUCUUUUUUUCAGUCCUACAUUCCUUCAUUUUUUGUUUUUCCUGUUUUUCAUUCUUGAAUUUGUUGCUUUGUGGGGACUAGACCUAGGGAUCAUUUGGAAAGUUGAAAAGUGAGUAGUUGCCACAAUUUGCUUGAUCCUGAGUCAGUGGAAAUGGCAU